GUAAUGUUGAAGUCUUGUCUUAAAAUGACGACUAGUGGCAGACAAAUAGUCUAUAUAUUGGCCAAUAGGGCUUAUUCAAGAAAAUCUCGGCGCACUAGGGAAUUGAAAGGAGAAGAAUUACUGGAACAUGAAGAUGAAUUAGUCAUGUUUUAUCCAUCUAUAGUAAUAUAAUUUUUGGUAUCUAGAAAAUUGAAGACUCAGAGUUUCGAACAAAUCCUAACUGGCAACUAGUUCCAAAAAAUAAAGAUAGCCAAUUUAAAUUACCUAAUAAUGUUGGAAUAGCUCCAGAAGAUUGUAUUAUUACAACGCACCUGAAUUAUCACUCGCAAGACUGUCCAAUAUUGUUAAGAUCAGAAAUAACUGAGCGAUUCAAUGUUCCACACUUAAAACACUUUCCUUUAUGUAUGAUAACAAUUAAUUUGAAACAAAUAUCUAGCACUAAUUUGUCAAAUUUAACUAAACAAUAUUUGUAUGCGGCUUUUGGAAUUACUGAUCGUUUACAAAGUGCAGGAUAUUGGGCCGACUUCAUACAUCCAUAUACUGGUCUGCCAGCUAUUAAUCCUGGCCAUAAUGUAGAUUUUUCUACAUUAGAACUGCCUUAUAAACAUUCUGUCUAUCAUGUUAGUUCUCGAAAAAAGUGUAAAGUAAUAGUUGAAAAACUCUCUCCUAAUACCAUUGGUAACAUAUUUACCAAUGCUUCACCAGAAAAAACAGAUAUUGUUGAAGAUAUUUUAGAUGAAGUCAGCCAAAUACAUCAUACUGAUGGUGAAUGAUUAUGUAGUAUCAAGAUCAUACUCGUAUUUGAAUCUUAAAUUUUUAUUUCAAUGUAUUAUACUGUUACUAGUUAUUUGACGAGAUAUAAAUAAAUGUGUAAAUGUAAUAAUAAAAAAAAUAAUUAACACCUAUUUUAAAAAUUUAAAAUAACAAAAUAUAAUUUUACUAUUAUAAAAGUAAUUAUAUAAAAAUAUAUAAAGAUAUAAUCAUUGUUUAA